AAUGUCCCGCUGACAAUGGCGCACAAGCGAACUUGUUGUUGGCCGCGUUCCAACGGCGAAGCAGCGACGCAGCAGUGCCGUCCGUUCGCCUUCAUCUACUCGCUUUACUCAGUCGCCAACAUGACAAUGGACAUUGACAUCUCAAACUUCCCACUGGAGGUGGUGGAGAAAAUCCUCUCCAACCUGCAGGGCGAGGCCCUCAUCGCCGCCUCCCAGGUCUGCUGGUUGUGGAGCUGCGUCGCCCACAGAAUCAUGCAAACUUCAAACCGAGACUCUUUUUCGGACGAACUGCUCGAGGACCUCCGACUGGACAUCGAGGACCUCAAAGGCGACCUCCUCCUUGACCUCUACAGAGAAACGCACCCGAAUUUGGUUUUGCUGCAAGAAACGCCUCUGGUCCAGAUGCACCAUUUUGCAGCGGUCCUUCAAGCCGAUGGCCCUCGACUGUACGCUGGAGACGGUGUUGGAAACGUGAUGGUUUACGAGCUGUUGGAAAGCGAGCAGAGUUUUCUCAGCCCUGAACCUGUUGUUUCCGUUGUCAUUCCAAGCGGGCCUGUUUCGAAUAUGAGCUUGAUGAAGGCCCACGACCUCUUGUUUGUGUGCUCCCCAAGCCAAAUGCACGUGAUGAGCACCAAAUGCACCAAAACCGGCAUGGUCUGCCUUGACCCUUUGGAGCCAUCGACCCCGUGCGAGCACAAAGAACUCACCCUCAGGGUGCACCAAGAUCUGCUCGGCGUGGCAGAGGGUAGUUCACAAAUAAAAAUCUUCCGAGUGGAGGGCGUCGAGGAAAAUGUGGUCAUUAUGAACCAAAUCGCAGAUUUCGCCACCCCCUUUGGCAUCUUCAGAUGGAAAAUUUGGAAUAACCAGGUUUUGUGUGUUCUGAAAACGGGAAGUGUUUGCGUAUGGGAUCUGGAGCAGGCCGGGUUCACUCACAACUCAGAGCCUUACUCGGAACUGCGGUACCAGAACCCCUGCUGGCUCUACCAGCGUUACGUGCUGAGCUCGUCUGAACUUUCCAGAAACCUUCUGUCCAGGUAUAUCAUGCCUACCUGUCCUGCAGCCUACUGGCACAUCUCGUGCGGCCCGGCCUAUUGGCUCUUCGGCAGACUCGACGGCAAACACGAACCCGAGCCGGAAAAGUACCGCGGAAUCAUGCCCAGUGACGUCACGUCUGUUUGUCUGAAACGCAGAUUCCUCGCCUGCGCCAAGAGAAGCCCUUAUCAAAUCGUUUUGUAUCUGAUGCCGAAUCAACUUCCGAACGACAGAGAAGCGCUGACCAGAGCCCUCCAGACGCCCCUUUUGACUUUCAACGUCCCCGAACACAUCAACAUGAUGGAGUUGGGCUUCCAGGGCUCUCGCCUGCUGCUCUACACUUAUUCCCAGCCAGGCAACAUUCAGUGUUACAUUUUGUCUCGGUGAUUUUUUGCAUAAUUUUUUUACUCGAAGUGCGGAAAAAAAGUGACCUGAUUAUUGAUAAAUUUAACCGAGCAUAUUUUUACAUGAAUUAUUUGUAAAUAAAUCAAACGUAGAUUUAGUUAUUGCAUAAAAUCUGUGAAAAUUGUGAAUUUUAAUGGAGCGAGCGUGAUUCUCCUCCCGCCGUUUCCCCCGGGGUCGAUUCGGCACUAGCCCAUCAGCGCCCCUAGCGGUCGUACUUUGAACGACUCUGGACAAGUGAUCCAGAGGGACCGUUCUCCUCUCGCCAACCGCUGCCAACAAUGCCAGCAUCAUCAGUCACGUGACCCGGCGAACCCGGUGCAAUGUAAAGAUGCCAACAUUGCAAAAAUAAAUAGCACAAAUUAAAUCGAAAUUUAUACCUUAA